AGUGUCAUGGCUGCGCCCAUCAACAAAAAUUCUAUUGCGUGAGAAUCUUCUAAAAAGUGGUCAUCAUGCAAAGCGCAUCAAGAAACUUUGUGGGAAGGUCUCGCAAGCUUACCUCCACUAUUCUGGCAAAGAUAUAUCCUCUGACAUCCUGUUCAAUAAGGAGAACGUUACUUACUUUCCGUCCAACAGCACAUUCCAGCAACACAGAAUUAAACUGUGUCCAUAGUCGUAGAUGGUUGUCGGAGGGGACGAGUGAGACGCCAAAACCUAAUAAAGAAGUCAAAGACGGAAGAGGGAAAGGGCCAAUCUCAUGGAAAACUUUAGCUGUUACAUUUGGAGUGGGAGGUGCACUUCUUGGGGGAAUGCUCUAUGUGAAGAAGGAAAAAGAACUAGCCAUAGCUAGAGAAAGGGCGAGAUCUCUCGGUAAGGCAUCAUUAGGAGGACCCUGGGAGUUAGUCGACCAUAAUGGCAAGACAAGAACAGACAAGGACUUCCUUGGCCAGUGGGUGUUGCUAUAUUUCGGAUUCACACAUUGCCCCGAUAUAUGCCCUGAUGAGAUUGAGAAAAUGGUCGAGGUGGUUGAUAAAAUGGAGACAAAGAAGGUUCUUCCAAAUUUGACGCCGAUUUUCAUAACAGUUGAUCCGUACAGAGACAAUGUGGAGGCGGUGAGAGAGUAUGUAAAAGAAUUCUCGCCUAAGUUACUUGGCUUCACUGGUAGUAUGGACCAAGUUCAGCAGGCUACACGAGCGUAUCGAGUGUACUUCAGUCAAGGACCGAAAGAUGAGGAUGAGGAUUAUAUUGUCGAUCACACCAUUAUCAUGUACCUGUUGAACCCUGAUGGCGACUUUGUGGAUUACUAUGGACAAAACAAAACUGCUGAGGACAUUGUUUCUGGUAUAGGUGUUCAUAUGCAAAAAUACAUCAUGCUUCACAAAUGACAUCCUAAUUAUGAUACAUAUUGAGGUUGGAGUUGAGUGACUGCAAGGAAAUUACUAGCUUGAUAGACAAUACUGGAUGAAUUGUAAAGUGACUUAGGAGACACCAGAGGAAUUCUGCACUGUCAGUGAGAGUUGUCCUUGUAUCACAAAAAGACUUGCACAGGCCUGUGACGAGGCAAGAAGACAUAGCAUCCAUUGUUUAUAGUGUUUACCUCAGGAUGGGUGAAUACUGAUAAGCCAGGUUAAGAAACAGCAACUCGGAAGUGAUUAAUUAACAAAUAAUCAUGUACCACAGACAAAAUCACUGCAUAAACAUGUUACAUGUAUUACACCUGAUGUACUUUUUUAUCUCGGAAAUAAAUUAUCUG